AUGAAUAAUUUCAAUGAAGUGGAUAACGAAAAUGCAGUCGAGACCAAUAACGCUGAUGCUCGAAAAUAUGAAAAUGAAGAAAAUGGAAUAACUCAGACUAGAGAUGAAAACGAGAUGAAUAUGUUUGACUCAAACGUGGAUAACGUCAACAAAAAUGAAAAUCAGAGGGAAAAAGAAAAGAUCGGAAAGCAGAAUGUUGGAGUGAAAAGUCUCAAAGAAAUCUGGUCGAAACAUCUACAUUGGCCCGAUUAUGUACCUACAACUAGCAAAAGAAGGCCAUCUAUUCCAACGCCUUAUGCUAUAACUUCUAAACAGUGGAAAGAACAGAUGGAGCAGAAAGAAAAAGCUAAAAUAACACCAAAAUCGAAUGAGCUCAAAUCAAAUACUCAGAUUAAACCAAAAGUUAUAUUCGGCCUGAAGGUGUCCAUACAAGAAGAUAAUUUACUGGAUAAAGUCUGCAACGAACUAAAGGAGUAUCUUAACGUUACGGUCGAAAGACCAGACAUUGAUAACGUGUUCGCAAUAAAAACCGAUAAAGAGAAUGUUCCAGUUAAAAUACAGUUCAAAUCUUAUCUGAAAAAGCAAGAAAUUUUCUCAAAUGUGCAUAAACUAAAGGGUAAAAGCAUAUCCAUCGUUAAUGAUAUGUGCUAUGAGGACAAGAAGAACUUUAAAGUACUUUUGAAACACAAAAGGGAAGCAAACUCGAAAAAUAUACCAGUCAGAAUUGUAGGUAAUAGCUUGGAAAUAAAUGGGCUAAGAUUUACACCUGAUCAACUGGAAGUGGGUAUCGCUGUUGACGACCUUGCUACCGGCCAGGAAGCGGAAGAAGACGGAGAGGUGAAACAAAACCAGCCGGAUAAGAGAUUACUCUCUCCGGAACAAAUCCAGGCUGAGAAGAAGCAGAAACUUGACAAAGGAGAGAAGUAUUUGAGACCAAGACAAAAAUCUCAAUCGAAAAAAGAAUAG